CAAGGUAAAUAACAAAAUUAGAGAAAUAAUUAUAGAUAGGAUGCAAUUUGGUUUUGUUCCAGUGGCACUACUAUAUUUUUACUCAGACAGCUUCAGGAAAACCAUUUAGGAAGUAGAAGGAAUCUCUAUUUUGCGAACUUUGACAAGUUUGAGUAUCUAAUGAUUAUACAACAUGGAUAAAAUUAAACGAGCGUUCGGUCAAAAAGAAGAUGAGUCAAGUAUUGUGACUGAGACUUCUUCACUCAUCCAGAUAAAUGAAGCAACAACACUGAGCUGGGGAACAAGAAUUCGAUGUUUCAUUGUUUGUUUUCUUGUUGGAAUCUUCUGCUCAAUACUUGGGACCAUUAUGUUAUGGAGAAAUGUAAAGUUAUUUGCUGUUUUAUACACCUUUGGAAAUUUAUGUGCACUUGCAAGCACUUGCUUCUUAAUGGGACCUUUUAAACAACUAAAAAACAUGUUCAAAGAAAAAAGAUUGAUUGCCACUAUUGUAAUGUUGUUAUCUCUUGUUCUUACACUCUGUGCUGCAUUUUGGUGGAAUAGUAAACCGUUGGCUUUGCUGUUUUGCGUGAUUCAGUAUCUUGCAAUGACAUGGUAUUGUCUUUCAUAUAUCCCGUUUGCAAGAGACGCUGUGAAGAAAUGCUUCGAAUCUUGUCUUGGUUGAACUAUAUACUAAAAUUUGAUGAAGAAUACGAACAGCCUGGAAAGGUUUCAGUGACGCUCUUCUACUGUACUUCAAAGUUUUACUCAGGACUUUUAAAUAUUAUAAGAAUAUGUACGUAUUUCAUUUCAGUAAUAAAUCUGUUGAUUCUUUUUGUA